GCAGGGUGUUACCUGCACGGCCACAGAGAUAUAGCACAGGGAGGUGUAGUCUCCUGGCUGUCAGGAGCUGUCAAUUUACCUAGGAGGUGACAUCCGAGCUACCAGGUGUCCCCCUUUUCCCCUCCGCCUCCUGUCCCACUUUGGAUUACGUUACAGAAGCCUGUGAAAGGGCAAGAGCAAGUGUCUCUGGAGGGACUGUCAGCAGCAGUGGAAUAUUUCUCAUCACCCCGGGACACCAUGGGAAUGUCAGCAGGAUGGGAGCGCUGGCUGUCAGUGCUGGGCACGGCGCACUUGUUAAUAAAUGUUACCUGGGCACUUUUGGAAGUCCAUGUUGAGAAGACGACUAUAAUUGCUGUGGAAGGAAAAACCGUUGUUUUACCAGUUUGGUAUUCAAGUAGUUCUCAUCAGAAUCCAUAUAUCACUUGGCAUUUUGUAAGGGCACCCUCAAAGGAGAUUCAGAUAAUAAAAUAUUUGCAAGUCACCAGCGUUGACGACACACAGUUCAAGAAUCGUGUGAAGUUUGCUGAACCAAUGCCAUCAAAAAAUAUCUCCAUUAUAAUUAACAACACUCAGGAAAUAGAUUCUGGUAUAUAUAAAUGUUUAGUCAAUGUGGCUGAUGACACCAGCGUUGGAGGAGGAAACAGCGGAGAAAUAAAUGUUACAGUUAUAGUUCCUCCCUCCAUUCCUAAAUGUCAAAUACAAGGAACGCCUUAUACUGGGUCUAAUGUGACACUGACCUGCAAGUCUUCUGCUGGCAAGCCAGAACCAGGUUACUCAUGGAUUCGAUCAGCACCAACCACACAGAUAUUUUUUGCUCCCACUCAGGAUGUUGCAAAGGGAACACUAAGCCUAAUAAAUCUUACAAGUGAUUCAUCAGGGACCUAUGUCUGCACAUCUAAAAAUAUAGCCGGGAGUUCAUCGUGCAACAUAACUCUGGAAGUGACAUCAUAUUCCAGAACAGCUGUGAUUGUUGGAGCUGUUUUAGGAUCCAUCUUUGGAAUCUGCCUUUUGUUAGCAUUAUUGUUUGCGUUACUCUAUUUUUUCAGAAGAAAGAAAAAAGAGUCACAAGAUGAAAUAGAGAAUGAAAUCAAAGAAGAUGCUCAGGCUCCAAAGUCACUUUCUUGGGCAAAAGGCAAUGAGUCCGACAUAGUUUUCAAAAAUGGAACAUUGUCUUCAGUGAACACACACCGAGAUCAUAAACUAUAUCCAUCAAAAUCUCCUUCUGAAACUGCUUCAGUAAUCACUGUGGCAGGAAGCAAUAUUGACCAUAAGCCAAAUUAUCCAAAUGAAAGAGGUGGGGUCAAAACCCCAACUCCAACACCCAGUUUAUCAAGCCAGUCUUUACCUACAUACAUACCACCACAAAAUGGCAACUAUUUUCACCAUCCCAUUCCAGCAAACCGAAACACUGUCCAUAAAACAAAUGGAGUUGAAAAACCCAUUCCAAGAAGAGAACUGAAUUUCCCAUCUGGAGUCACACCUUCAAACCUUGUGAGAAUGGGAGCAGUACCAGUUAUGGUGCCUGCACAAAGCCAAGCUGGGUCACUGGUGUGACCAAAUCCUCUGCAAUUUUAUGAUAAAUUUGAUCAAAUGUUUACAGGUGUUAUUACUCCUCAGGGUUUAUUCAGGAAAUAUAUAAAAGGUGUUGUUGAUGCUAGCAACAUUGCAAUAGACAGAAUCAACCUAAGAGUAUAACCUGUGGUGUGUGCGUGGCUGCUUCCUAGGAAGAACUGCAUCAGAUUUUCUAGGAACAAACUGGAUACCAUACUUAUGUUUUUCUGCUUUGUACAUUUAUACUAUUUUUGCACAAUAUGAGCUCUAAAUUUACAGCUGGAAUAUUUUUCUACAUAGCCCAAAUGAGUUAAAAGAGCUUUUGUCUAUUUAGCAUUUUUAUCUUACAGUACAGUUUUUGCAUCUAUUUAUUGAGUUAUUUACUAUGAAAUGUGGUGCAAAGUGCAAGUGAAUAUUACAGAUUAUAAAUGAAUUGAGUGAACUGCAGAUUUGACUAAAUUGUAGUUGGUGGUAUGACAUGUGCCACAAACACACAGAGAUCAAAACAUGAAGACAUUAUGAUUGAGAUAUAUAUAUAUAUUUAUAUACACAGACAUUGUACCUACCUAAACAGAAAUACAAGGUAGUUAACUGCAUAAGCACUGGGAUGAGACAUAAAGUAACUCCAUUUAAACAAUAAAUAUCUGCUACUGUGGCAUAAUUGUGAAACUGUGAGUGCCUGCCAGUCUUUCAAACAGCAUAGGGCAUAGGAUAAAUAUUUUUUUUUAUAUGUAUGUUGUAGCACUGAAAUGUCUGCAACAUUCAUUAUUUUGCAGUAUAUUUAAGAAAAUAUUUUAUAUGCAAUUUAUACAGAGUCUUCUUAGUUUUGAUACCAAUUUUACAGAUGCAUGUUAACAGAUGGAUACAUUUAAGCAAAAUAAGCAGAAAUGGGUGCUAUUAGCAUAAUGGCCUUGUGGGGACAGACACCUUCUGUUUUCAUAUCUUCAUGCAGGUGCCAACUGUUCUGUGUUAAAAGCAUUCGGGUGUGUUCUGCAAGCUGUCUUGAGGGAUUCCCAACCUGCCAUUUGCAGCUGAUAGCAAAUCAGCUUUUAGUAUGAUUGUUGGAGGAUUCUGCAUGGUAUAGUUCAGUUGAUAGUCGUAAUAAGGUUCAAACUGUUUGUUAAAACCUUUAACAUUCAUAUAACACAUGAUGGCAACACAGUAUUUGGAUAGAAACUAGAGACUAUUUGUUUUUCAGGUUUAAGGCCUUGGAUGCAAGUCUUAACUAUCACUGUGCUUAGGCAGAAAUAAUCAUUGAUUAAAAUCUCCCUAUUUGCCUGCACGGCUUCCUAUACAGAUGGAGACAGUCAGACCCCCAUUCAGAAAUGCUCACUGUGGUCUUGUUUGAGCAGUGGGCCAACUGUCACCUCCAGCCUGCUCUGAUUAAGCAAGUGUCAGUAAUGUGUCUAUCUGAAAACCAUUCCAAUUUCCAUAAUGGAGAAUUAGAAUGAUGUAAAAUUAUAAUAUAUGUAUAUAUUAAUGUUAAUGAAUUAUUGAAUUCAAUUAUUUCUAUGAUUUAACAGAGAAACUGUAGAAGAAUCUGCAUGGUUCCCUCUGUUGUUGCUAAAGGAUAAAAUCUUUCUUUGUACAGACCUUUGCUCAAAGAUAGAUAUGCUUUAUGCAAAUAUGAUUAAAUCCACUUUUUUAUAUCAUACAUACCAACAAAUUGUACAGAAUAUGACACUGGUUUGUCUGAGUAGGACUAAGCUAGACACAUCACUGACAUCUUCAUAUUGUUCUCAGCAUUAUCCCAGCAGACAGCAUGUUUUUUAACCUAUUUUGGUGUAAAAUAAAUUCAUAUAACUUACUGAUGUAUGUAUGUUUUUUCCUUACAAAGGAGGAUAUAAUGUCAACAACAGAGUCAACAUAGAUUCUUUAUAUACUAAAUUGCAAAGCUUUUAUUGUAAACACUCAAAUGCUUAAUUUGACCUAAAUGUAGUUUCUUGAAAAAUACUAAAUCUUGUAUAUGUCUUUAGUUUUACUGAGGUCACGUCAGUUAAACCAUCUGCCAUAAUUCCCAUCUCUUCUCCAAUUUAAGGGCAUAUUUUUGAAAAGACAGCUUUCAGAUUUAUUUCUAGAAUAUUUCAAUUCAUUUAUAUGUUUUUGGUAAAUUUUGUGGCAAAUUGUCUUUUCACCCUAUAAAAAAUAUUUCCUUGAAGCAGUAAAUCCAAGCUGACCUUCAGAGAAUUAAUAGACUCUCAUCUAAAAUCUUGUUGUGUGGUGUUGGUAGCAGGGCAGUGGGGGAAAUUUAUUGCAGGGGGGAGGGGCUAGAAAUGGGAGGGAGGGAACAGGUCCUGCCUUGGGUGUUAUCAGCCCAUAGCCUGCCACUGGCAGCAGCCUUUGUUAGUUUUUAACCUGCUCUCCAAAUAUGAUUUCUCUGUAGAGAACUGAAAUUGAGAGGAAUUCUACACCAAAGACUUAAAAUGUUACUGUAUCUUCAUUUAUUUUAUUAAGUAUAAAAACAACUGCAUAUAUUAAGCAGAAAGGUUGUAAUAACAGUGUUUUGAUUAACAGAACAAUUAUCCAUUUCUUAUGUAUAUUAAUUAUGUACAGUUUAAUUUCUACUAAUAAUUUUUAUUGGAGCACAUACUGUAAAUAAAAAGUGCUUGUGCAGAAAUGUGCAUAAUGAGUUGUAUUAACUUGCAGCUUUUAGCGAAUACUAAGAACAAGGACCAACAGACUAAUCAUUUUCAAGUUAAGUGGCUUGCCAUAUUUAUAACGUUAUACGAUCUGUAUUUACAGAUGACAAACACUGCAAAAUGUCCAUAUGGUAACUCUAUUCCAUAACCACAGUACUUGCCCAGAGCACAGCAGGCUGCCUGACAAGCAUUUUAUGUUAAAAUAUGGAUAUCAGAUUUGGUUAAAUUGAACUAAUGUUGAGAAUUGUUUUAAACAGAUGCACUGAAAUUAAUUUUUAUAUAAUAAACAUGAUUUUUGCCUUCAGGGUU